AUGAAGGACUGCAUCGUCAACAACAGCACAGCCAGCAUCUCCCAAGCCAGGAAAGCGGUGGAACAGCUGAAGAUGGAGGCCUGCAUGGACCGGAUAAAGGUGUCCAAAGCAGCGGCCGACCUGAUGGCGUACUGUGACGCCCACAUACGCGAUGACCCGCUCAUCGUGCCCGUCCCCGCCUCUGAGAACCCCUUCAGGGAGAAGAAGUUCUUCUGCACCAUCCUCUGA